AUGGGAGCCCAUCGGAAGAAGCCUGGAAAGAAGCAGCGUCUGGGGAGAAAGGAAGCAAGACGCCGUGAUGCCCAGGCCGCUGCUGAAGCUGGCGCGAAGCUCUCGGCGAUGAAUACCUACUUUCCCUCGUCCGUACCCGAGGCAGCAGAGGCGUUUGGCGUCAGCCAGAACGAACAGAGCGAGGGACUGAACGUCGUCUUGGAGCCUCAGAAAAGAGCCAAGAAGCUCAAGCAGAAGAUCACUAGAGGCCAGUUCGAGGAUCAUCACCGACGCCUGAAGCUUCUGGAGCUCCAUGUUGAAGCUGCUGCCAAUAUCUUCAACAACAUCAAGAGCAACCACGAGACGCUUUCCGACCACAUCGCCAAAGACCUCAGAAAUCUCAUCAGAAACUUUUCGGCUGCCUGUGCCGACGGAAGAGCGAUUCGAAGCACGGCGAAUGAUGCGCUGGCUGGUGUGAACCGUCUUGAGACUACCGUGAAGAAUCUCGAGGCCAGCGUGGAGCAGCUUGAAGCUAUGGCCGAAGACCUCACAGCAAACGACGCCGCGGCAAACGGCACCACAGCUGACGUGAUGACUCUCGAGACUGGCAUGGAGAACCUCGAAGCCAGCCUGGAGGAUCUGACGGCUGACGUGAAGGGUCUUACGGCUGCCUCCGCAAAGCAAGCUCAGGGCAUCGAGAAAAUCCGAGAAAGUCACCAGGCAGAGAUGGCGCCGACGAGGGAGAAGUUCGAUGCCGCGGUCAAGACCAUGGAGGAGCGGAUUUCUGCGAUCGAGAGCCAAGUCGAGCAGCUGGUGAAGGGCGCCUCGAGGAGCGCAGCUCAACAGCCCGCCGACCUGACCAAAGGUGGUCGAGCUCAGCAAGUGUGGAAGGGACGCCUUCGCUCUGGCAAGAAGGGAUGA